CUAACGAGCUGGGCGCAGCGUAAGUGCUAUUCCCGAAGAAAUCCCAAACAAACCUGCUUGAAUACCUGGAAUUAUUUACGCUAAAUGUGCUACACGAACUACGCAAUGCUUUGAUUGGACAUCUAUGUUAUCCACGCCUUCAAAUAUGACAACUUCGAACAUCUUUAUGGUAAUUUUAAAAUCGUCGGCGCCUUUUCUCUGUCAUUAAAUCGUCAAAACAACAUUUGUAUUGGUGUUUGGAGACAGACGGGAGGUCGUGUCGUCUCACCAGUUUGUAUGUGGGCUGUGAGUUCACCCAGUGACACAGGAAGUGAUUUAAAGCUUUUGUAUCUGACGCGAUAAUGAAGUCAAAGCGCACAGGCCGUCACCAGCUGGGAGAUAAACAUCGACACGCUGUGGAUGCAUCUCAAUAAAAUGCCCUUAAACGAAUAAAAACAUGCUGUUUGUACGAAUCUGCAGACUUCUUCCUCCCGUGUCAGUGUCUCUGGCAUUACCAAGACACGGAGUGAUCAUCCGCCGCAGCAUGGCCUCAGACCCGACGGCUACAGAGACGACUCGGUUCGACUUUCUGGUGAUCGGCGGCGGGUCUGGAGGUCUGGCCGGGGCUCGGAGGGCGUCGGAGCUCGGAGCGACCACCGCCGUCAUCGAAAGUCACAAACUCGGAGGUACCUGCGUCAAUGUUGGCUGUGUUCCCAAAAAGGUUAUGUGGAAUGCAGCCGUUCAUGCUGAGUUGCUCCACGAUCACAGUGAUUACGGCUUUGACAUUGGAAAUGUUCGCUUCAGUUGGGAAGCUCUCAAGGCAAAAAGGGACGCUUAUGUUAGUCACCUAAACCGCAUUUAUCGAAACAAUCUUGACAAAGCUAAAAUCCAAACUAUUCAAGGUCAUGCCAGGUUUACCAGUGAUCCUGAGCCGACUGUGGAGGUCAACGGAAAAAAAUAUACAGCGCCUCACAUCCUCAUCGCCACUGGAGGGCAGCCUUCUGUUUUGAGUGAAGAGGAAGUUCCAGGGGGAAAUCUGGGUAUUACCAGUGAUGGUUUUUUUGAACUUGAAACUCUGCCAAAGCGCAGUGUGAUUGUUGGUGCAGGUUAUAUUGCAGUGGAGAUGGCGGGCAUCCUUUCCACCCUGGGGUCCAAAACAUCGCUCAUUAUACGACAGUCCAGUGUUUUGAGGAACUUCGACAGCUUCAUAAGCACAAACUGCACCAAAGAACUGCAAAACUCUGGUGUGGAUCUGUGGAAGAACUCUCAGGUGAAGUCUGUGCGUAAAACGGAGAGGGGACUGGACGUGACACUUGUCACCAAAGACCCAGAGAAGAAGAACGACGAGGAGAAGGUCAGCACCAUCCAGGAUGUGGACUGCCUGCUCUGGGCCAUCGGCAGACAGCCCAACACUUCUGGACUGAACAUCGGCGAGAUGGGUGUGGACACAGAUGAAAGAGGUCAUAUCCUUGUGGAUGAGUUUCAGAACACCAGCAGAUCAGGGAUCUACGCUGUAGGGGACGUUUGUGGCAAAGCUCUUCUCACACCUGUUGCCAUUGCUGCAGGCAGAAAGCUGGCACACAGACUGUUUGAGGGCAAGAAGGACUCCAAGCUGGACUACUCGAGUAUCCCCACAGUGGUGUUUAGCCACCCACCCAUCGGGACGGUGGGCCUCACAGAAGAGGAGGCCAUUAAAUCUAGAGGAAAGGAGAAUGUGAAGAUCUACAAGACCUCUUUCACUCCGAUGUAUCACGCCAUCACGAGCAGAAAGAGUCAGUGCAUCAUGAAGCUGGUGUGUGAGGGCAAGGAGGAGAAGGUGGUGGGCCUGCACAUGCAGGGCCUGGGCUGUGAUGAGAUGCUGCAGGGCUUCGCUGUGGCCAUCAAAAUGGGUGCUACCAAAGCAGACUUUGACAAGACUGUCGCCAUUCACCCCACCUCGUCUGAGGAGUUUGUUACGAUGCGUUAAGGCAUACGCACGCUCCCCCCUUUGCUUCCCUAUACGACCAGCAACCCAGACAAGCAUACCAGGACAGAGUCACUCCUCUGUACCACUCUCGCAUCAGCUUGACGACUUGCUUUCUAAAACUACAAACUUCCAUUUUCUCUCAUUUAAGUGACCUUAUUCGUGCGCAGUGUUUCAUCUUUUCUAAUUUUUACCUAAAUGGACCAAGACCGAGUUAUGGCCUUCUUAAACUCUUAAACUGUACUGUGGGUCUUGAUUAUUGAUUGAAUUUUCCGAAUUCCAUUUUAAUGAUUGUGAAAUGGAAGUGAUGGAUCUGCAGGUAUUGUUGUCAAGUGAGUGCAUGGGAAAUCAAAAAGACCUCUCUCCUAGUGUAUGUGUUUGAUUUGUCAGUCAUUCGUCAGAUAAAUAUAUUACAAACACUGCUGCUCCUUAAGGCACCUAUUUACUACCAAUGCAAGGUCAUAACAUACUAUCUACUGUACUGUUCUAAAGAUUCAAUAAACAUGCAGGUUUUUUUCUUAA